GUUGAGCAAGUUGUGCGCGUGGUCGCUUUCCUGAGAGGGUGUUGGCAAGUUAUUGCACUCCCAUUCGUUUUACACGGUUGUAGCCAAAUUCGGACGUCGCAUUCGGCUUUGGAUUGUUGAGUUGCCUUUCGUUUCUGAAUCUAAUUGUGUGCUUUACUUUCGAUCGAGUGUGUCAUUUAAUUGCUGUGCAGUGUUUUUGUGUGCGGUUUCUUAUCGGGUGUUUAUUAUCAAGUGAGACGAUUUGUUACAUAGAAGCAAGAUGGCAGAUUCAGCCAAUAGAAACGGCGGCAGUGUCCAAAACGGCAGCGGCCAUUGCGAGACUCUAGACGGUGAGGAAGCAUUGGCCAUUAUCCGACGGAACUUGAAGUCAAACGCCAUGGAUUACGAAGGGACGCAUUUCGAUUCCAACAUACCGCACGUGUUUGUCGUGCUAGGAGCUUCCGGUGACUUGGCGAAAAAGAAGAUUUAUCCAACCUUGUGGUGGCUUUACCGUGACAAUUUGCUACCGACGGUAACCAAAUUCGUAGGUUACGCCCGCAGUAAACUAACCGUAGCGGACCUGAAGGAAAAAUGCCGUGUCUACAUGAAGGUCACACCGGACGAGCAGGAAAAAUUCGAACGAUUUUGGACGUUGAAUUUCUACGUCGCCGGCGAUUACGACACUCGGCGGGACUUCGAGAUGCUCAAUCAGGAGCUGUGCAAGUUUGAGGUCGGUAAAAUGGCUAACCGGCUGUUCUAUCUGGCACUGCCACCGUCGGUGUUCGAGUCGGUUACGGUUCACAUCCGUAACACCUGUAUGGGACUGAAGGGAUGGAGUCGAAUCAUCGUGGAGAAACCAUUCGGUCGGGACGCGAAUAGUUCGAAUGCACUCAGUUCACAUUUGUCGAAGUUGUUCUCUGAGGAUCAGUUGUAUCGGAUCGAUCACUAUUUGGGCAAGGAGAUGGUUCAGAACCUGAUGACGAUUCGGUUCGGUAACCAGAUAUUCAGUCCAACUUGGAACCGGAAUAAUGUGGCAUCGGUGCUGAUUUCGUUCAAGGAACCAUUUGGCACUCAAGGACGGGGCGGAUAUUUUGACGACUUUGGAAUCAUUCGAGACGUUAUGCAGAACCAUCUACUGCAGAUUCUCUCGUUGGUGGCGAUGGAGAAACCUGCCACCUGCCAUCCGGAUGACAUUCGCAACGAAAAGGUUAAAGUGUUGAAGAGUAUUGAAUCACUUACGAUUGAUGACGUUGUGCUGGGACAAUAUGUGGCUAAUCCGAAUGGUAAAGAUGACGAUUCGCGAAUGGGUUAUUUGGAUGAUCCGACCGUUCCGAAUGAUUCGGUAACUCCAACGUUUGCCCUUGCUGUACUUAAGAUUAACAACGAACGCUGGGAUGGCGUUCCCUUUAUUCUAAGAUGCGGAAAAGCCUUGAAUGAGCGAAAGGCUGAAGUUCGCAUUCAGUAUCAGGAUGUUCCGGGGGAUAUUUUCGAUGGAAAACCUAAACGUAAUGAGCUGGUGAUUCGUGUGCAACCGGGUGAAGCUCUGUACGUGAAGAUGAUGACCAAAUCGCCCGGUAUCACCUUCGACAUGGAAGAAACCGAGCUGGACCUAACUUACGGUCAUCGUUAUCAGGACGUUAAAUUGCCUGACGCUUACGAGCGGUUGAUUUUGGAUGUUUUCUGUGGUUCCCAGAUGCAUUUCGUGCGCUCCGAUGAACUAAGUGAAGCCUGGCGAAUUUUUACACCUCUUUUGCACUAUAUAGAACAGCAGCGGCCAGAACCGAUCAAAUACGUUCACGGAUCUCGCGGGCCGAAGGAGGCGGAUCGUAAAUGUGACGAAAACAAUUUCAAAUACUAUGGUUCAUACAAGUGGCGCCCAAGGUCUAAACACUAAACUCAUUCUCAGUUACUCGGUGUAAGCUUUGUUUGUUGCCCUCAAAUUCAUUUAUUAUUUAUUGAACUCAUUUGAUUUUUCACCUGCCGCAAAAGAAGCAAAUUGUCGGAAUUCCGUUGACGGGAUUUAUACGUACAACGGAAGGGUUUCAUCUCGGAUUUUCAUCUCAUUUAACGUUAUAUGGAUUUGAUCGGAGGCAUUUUGAAAAUGUUGUGUUGUUUAAACAAAAAAGUUCCCCUAAUAAACCAUUCC